GAAGGGUUUGAUAUUCUCGGCCUGAGUUGGGCGUUGGCACUAGCAAUAUUGCUUUCUCUGCACCAUCCUGAGGUAAACCAGGCCACUCUGCCCCCAUGCUGAUGUGAUCCCUACAUUUACUAAUUUGAAUUUCACAAAUUUGUUUCCAUGGCUUGUGAUGAAAGCCUGCAGCUCAUACUGGAUUCAUAGGAUAGGUUUGGAGUUCAUGUUACUCUAACAUACUAAGUACACUUUAUGUAAAAAAAUCUGUGGUUCUCUAUUCAAAUGCAGGGAGACACCAAGGAAAAACGGUAUUUGUUCUUUCUUGCCAGUUUUAAGCGGCAUCUACUUAAUGUUAUUUUUCACUAGGAGUGAGUUCAUAAUUUUGCUACAGUUUGAUGUUUCUCAUCUGGUAUGUCGUCGUCGUUGGGUUGUCAUUAUUGGCUUGUUAGCUAUGCCAGAGCAAAUCCCGUUAACUUACGGCCAAAUUUUCAAUGCUCAUCGCUUGCUUGUCGUUUCAUUUACUAUGCCGUCAUCGAUGAUAUGUUCACUCUUGACUGAUUUAAGCAGACGUCGUGGAGUUUGGGUACUUCGGCUCUCUCGUCCCCAAGCACUGGGGGAGGCUGAACCCCAACUUCACGCAUUGCUCCAAAGGAAUCACCUAGUUUCCUAUCGGCAUCAGGACCGACGAGGCUGUUUACAAGCCAAGCUUUUAUCCGCCGGGAUUACACCACUGCAAACUCCACCCUUGUCAACAACAUCUUAAACAUCACGGUUUGCCGUGGAGCAACACAUGGUUCACAUCAGUGACGACAGCAAUUUGCAUAUUUUUCUAGAUUCGGCCUUGCUGUCAUACAAAUAUAUUUACAGGUGAUACCAGAACUUUGUUGUAGUUUGAUCACCACAAAAAAAAGGAUUAUCCGUAAUAACAACACAUCAUGAGGUGAUUCAGUAAAAAAAUGUCUGCACAAACUUACUUUGCAUUGCAUUGUUCUUGAAAAUGGAAGUAAUAUCACCAUGUUUUCAGUUAAAUUUCAGCCAAGAUGGUUCUGGGAUAUCACUUCGAAAGAAGAAAAGCUAGAAAUUUUGCUGGUUAGUUAGGGAAGUAUAUAUUUAUUAGUGCAGCUUGCAAGUAUAAACAUGUUAUAUUAUUAGCAAAUCCAUGAAGGGACUGGUCAUCUUCAUCAAACCACUUCACAAUGCUCAUGAAAGCUAAUAGUUUGCAAUUUAGUCAGUAAUAUUUAUGAUUGUUGCCAUAAACUAAAAUUUGAAAAUGUAACAGUUAUUGGGUUCUUCAUCAUUCUCCUCUGUUAUUCCCAUUGAAUUUCAUAUAAAAUGGACUACAUAUGAAAAUCCAAAUUAUAUGUUAUCAUCUCAUAUUAAUGAAGUAAAUUCAGAUUCACAGUUGCGGAGCUCUGUUGUACACACUACACACACAACACCGACUAUUAUCUAUUGCCUGACAAUAAGGUCUCCUCAAAACAUUAAGCUCCCUAGGAAUGGGAAGCCGUGGUUAUUCCAAGUGGGGGCCCUGCUUUUGUGGCUGGCCUAUCGGCAUAUGGGUCGCAUAUGGGGUUGCUAUUUUUAUAUGGGCUUAUAUUAGAUUAGAUUACCAUGUUCUUUUGGUUUGAACAAAAUAUUUUCUUUUUUUCUUACUUGAAAACCUGCUAUUAAUUUCAGGAAUUUAGUAAGUAAACUAAAUAUUAAUGAAAUAGGAAAAUAUAUAAGUGUCAAAUUUAGCUCCGUUGCGUGACCUGCCUGUGCAUGAUAUAUUUGAUGAAAUAUAUGAGUAAGCUCCAAGGAAAAUAUGUGGGUUCCAAGUAUUGAACUGUUGUGGUUAAUUUCUGCUUCCUCUCUUUCUCCUCGAAGCAUGACCAUUUCCAAUAAUGUGAAUGCUUUGUUUCAUAGCCCGAAAAGGAAGUUGUUGCACUGCAACUCAAAUGGAUCUGGUUCAGUUAGUAUUUGGACUAUCAGUACUCAUUACUACUGAAAAAAUAUCAUUAUUUCACAAAUUAGUUGAGCAUGUAUGUUGAGGAUUUUUCUCUUUUGUUUAUAGGUUCAAAAAGGUAUAGCUUAGCCUUGUAUGAUGCGAAGAUUCUGGAUUAGACAUAAUCCAUCACAGUUGCGGUGAUUCCUCCGUACAACUGUGAUGCGAAGAUUCUGGAUUAGCCAAUCGUACACCUUUCUGCUAUAAGAAGAGCACGACCUGCUAGAAACUAAUCCAUCACAGUUGCGGUGAUUCCUCCGUGGCGCAGGUUGCUUGCCACUUGCCAGGUAGCCGGAAGUUGUGGUACGGAGAGCGUCGUCGAUCAUGGCGGAGGCAAUGGCGACGGUGGCGAAGGAGGCGCCGGUGACGGCCGAGCGGGCCGUCCACGCAGACCUGGAGUCCCGCAUCUCAAAGCCCUACUUGGCUCGAGCUCUGGCGGCGGUCGAUGCGAACAAUCCUGAAGGGACCGUGGAGGGGCACGAGCACGGGCAGAAGACCGUGCUGCAGCAGCAUGCGUCCUUCUUCGACCUAGAUGGAGACGGCAUCGUCUAUCCCUGGGAGACUUACCAAGGAUUGCGGUCGGUGGGCUUCAACAUCAUCCUCUGCUUCCUAGGAUCAAUUGUCAUAAAUGCUGUUCUAAGCUACCCAAGUCUACCGGGCUGGAUACCAUCUCCUCUGUUCCCCAUAUACAUCAAAAACAUCCACAGGAACAAGCAUGGUAGCGAUUCCUCGACUUUCGACACGGAGGGGAGGUUCAUGCCGGUCAACUUCGAGGCCAUCUUCACCAAGUACGCCCGCACGGUGCCGGACAAGCUCAGCUUCAGGGAGAUGUGGAGGAUGACCGAGGCCAACCGGAUGCAGUGCGACUUCAUCGGAUGGUUAACAAGCAAGGCGGAGUGGACAAUGCUCUACGUGAUCGCCAAGGAUGAUGAAGGGUUCCUUCCCAGGGAGACUAUUCGCCGCUGCUUCGAUGGCAGCUUGUUUGAGUCCCUUGCCCAGCAAAGGAGGGAAGCACACCAGAAGAAGCAGUAGGCUGCAACCCGUUUACCCUGGAAAUGUCUUCACGUGUAGUAUGAUUGUAGAUCGGACUAUUGCCUCAUGUAUCUGUGGUUCAAAAGAUUGCCUCAUGAAUGCCUCUGAAAUAAAGUUGCAGGAGACAAGUA